CUCUUUUUUUUAAUAUGUAGAAGAGAUUCAUUUUUCGCGGCUAUAAUAAAAACGCAAACAAACCAAGCGUCAUCCUCUACAUUUCCAAAUACAGACCGCAUUCUCUCAACUAAUUUCAUUCCACAAAACAUUUUGCACAAACAAUAAAAAAAAAUAUUUACAAAAUGUCCAGCGAAAACAACAACAACAACAAUACCGCUACAAAUGGAAUCAGCAAAGAGGAAGUGGCGCUCUACGACAGACAAAUCCGACUCUGGGGUAUGGAAGCGCAAGCCCGUCUGCGACAGUCCUCUAUUAGAGUAAUCGGAGUCAAAGCACUGACGCUCGAAGUAUGCAAGAACCUGGUUCUCGCAGGUCUCGGCAGCAUAACCAUCCAGGAUUCUACGCCCAUCAAUGAAAUCGACUUUGAAACACAAUACUACUUCCACGAAGCCGACCUUGGACAACCCAAGGAUGUCGUGUUGGCCGAGAGGCUGCGAAUUCUCAACCCGCUGGUCAAUAUCCAGACUGGCGAAGGAAGAUCCGAGGAUACAACAUACGAUCUUGUGGUGAAAAUUGGUACUGGCAUUGGUGGUGAUUCUCUUGAGGUUAAUGGGAAGUGCAGGAAGCGCGGGGAGCGGUUUAUUGCAGCCGACAGUUUCGGCCUCUUCGGAUACAUUUUCAUCGACUGUUUGGACGCCCACGAGUAUAUCGAAGAGGAGAAGCCAAAGGACGACAAUGCGACGGUCAAGAGAAUAUCCCUGACGGCGUCGUAUAAGCCGCUGGCGGACUCGCUGACGUCUAAGCCUGGGAUUGCUAACUUGAACCGGCUCGUGCGCAAAUUCCCACCCCUCGUGUUUGUUUGCCAGACCCUUUCCACUACUGCCCAGCUUGAAGAUAUUAAGUCAGCGGAGGUGCUGGCUGAGGCUGUCAGACGGUCGAUAGAGGGCCGCGGCAUCCCCGAUGGUGUUGUCGAUGAUAUCCUGUUUGGCCGUGUAGUGCAGAGCUUGGGCACGGAAUUUGUCCCAUGCGCUUCUGUUGUUGGCGGAACCCUGGCACAGGAAAUACUCAAGAUUAUCACACGCAAAGACAUGCCUAUGAAUAACUGGUACACGUAUGAUGCGAUCAAGGCUGACGCCAUUACAUGUCAGCUAUAAACAAUUCUCUUUUUAAAUUGCAAUGUUUAAAGAAUAAAGCUGGGGG